CAGAUAUAUAUAUUCUCAUUCUUUCACUAAAUCAUAUGUCAGAAAAAAAAUUAAUCAAACAAGGUGCCGAGAGUAGAAUAUAUAUUAUUGAUCAUCUAGGUCAGAAUAUUAUACAAAAGGAGAGGUUUCCUAAAAAAUAUAGAAUAGAACAACUAGAUAAAAUGAUUACCAAGCAAAGAAUGAAAGCAGAAUUAAAAGCACUUAGUAAAUGUCACAAUGCAAAUAUAAAGGUACCAAUUGUUUACAAUUCCGAUUUUAAAACUCACUCAAUAUUUAUGGAAUAUUUUCCUAAUGCUAUAACAGUAAAAGAUGCAUUUAAUAAAUUCAAUAUUGAUAAUGAUAAAAUUGGUAUUGAAAGAUUGGGAAAUAUAUUAGGACAUACAAUAGGCAAAUUACAUAAUAAUGGAAUUAUUCAUGGAGACCUUACAACAUCAAAUUUUUUAAUCGAAAACUAUAAAUAUUCUGAAAAUCCUAACACCAUAUCAGAAUUAAUUACCAUUGAUUUUGGCUUGAGUAGAUUUUUUGAUUCUUCACAAAAUGUUUUUAUUUCAUCAAUCUUAGAAGAUAAGGCAGUUGAUCUCUAUGUUCUUGAAAGAGCUUUUAUAAGCACCCAUUCAGACUUGACUGAUAUAAUGGAAAAUGUCAUAUUAAAAGCUUAUAUUUCUGAAGUUGAUAAUAAUUUUGGUAAUAUCAAAAAAUCAAACCCAAAUCUUCUUGUUGACAAUAUUCUUCAAACUCAAUUGAAUACAAAUUUAAAUGACAAUGAAAGUGAUAUUAGUGAUGAUGAAAUCAUAAUUAAUGAUAAACUUAAUAAAAGCAUCAAUUAUAACACAAAUAAAACUGCUUCUUCAUUUAUUUUCAAAAAAUUAGCUGAAGUAAGACUAAGGGGAAGAAAAAGAACAAUGGUUGGAUGAUUUUUAUAUUAUUUGAUUAUUGUAUAAUUGUGCAAAGUUUGUUCAUUAAAUUGUUAAUCAAUAAAG